AUGAAUUUUGGAGAGAGGAAUGAUCCUCCACACAAAGGAGAGAAGGAAGUUCCAGAAGGUGCUCCUUACUAUUUAGCUGGUCAGGCAUUCGUCAUAAGUGGCACACUUGACAGGUAUCUGAGAGCUAAUUACCUUCAAGGGAACAUUCCACCCGAGAUUGGAGAACUUGUGCACCUUACCAUCCUGGACUUGUCAAGCAAUUUGCUUAGGGGCACAAUUCCUCCAUCUAUUGGCUCUCUGAACCAAUUACGAUUUCUGAAUUUAUCAACAAAUUUCUUAUCUGGUGAGGUUCCAACUGUUGGAAUCCUUCUCCUACAUCUUAAUUCUGCAGAUUUGAUUGCCAAGGGAAAUUUGUAUACUCAGUCACGUGAAGAUGCAGCUAGUAAGUUGCUGGAAAAGGCUUUAAAGAUUCAGUUGGGAAGAGGAUUUUAG